AUGGCGGGCGUACACAUAACUCAAGGCCACAUCCUCCCUGUCGCCCCCCCCAGCACUCCAAGGCUCAUCGGCCGCACGUCAGCGCCUGCCUUCACCGGCGCGCGUCACCACAUCUUGGGCACGCAGAGCACCGUGCUCCUCUGCGGCUCCGACUUCAAGCCGGAGUGCGUUGACGUGCACUCUUGCGCCCGGUGCCGCUCGCUUGCGCAGAGGCACUGCUGCGCUUCGCCAGAGUGUGCCGCUGCUGCUGCUGCUGAGGCUCUGCCCGCCAACGGCUCCGGCGGUGUGGCCGUCCGCUGGCUUCACAUUCCAAAGUGCGGUUCGACUCUCGGCAUCUCGCUGCUCCAGUACGCUUGCACGCCCGCGCUGCCCGCGUGGCACAUCGUCUACAUGGCGAUGGCAGAGGGGCAGAUCGACGUGCGGAUGGCCCAUGCCAUCGAGGCGCGCCGAGCGAGGGACGGCUUCCGCUGCGCCGGCCGGCUGGUGAUGCCCUUUGCGGGCCACGUGCCGGUCACCCCCGCCGAGCUCCUCCUCUCUCCGUCGGGCAUGCUCUCGCACGCCGCGGCCAAAUCCGCGCGUGGCGGAGGGCUGGCGGCGAUGUUCCGCACUCCGUCGCAGCGGCUCAUCUCGGCCUUCCUCGACAACUACCACGCUUGGGGCAUCACGCGGCACGCCUCCCGCACGGCGAUGAAGCACGCGGCGCCGACCGUCGACUUGUGGGCUCGCUUCCCCGGCGUCGCGGGCUGCCAGGUCAAGAUGCUCAACGGGCUCGACUGCGGCGCCCUGCCCCCUUCGCGUGGCGCUCAGGCCUUGCUCGCGCGCGCCAUUCGAUUGCUCCGCUCCGACGCGUUCGUCUUUGUCGGACUCGUGGAGCGGUGGCGCGAGUCGGACGGGGUCUGCUACGGAUCGGCAGGACGGGGGUACAACGCGUCGGUGCUGCGCGGCUUCCGCGACGAGCUCGACGAGCCGCUCUACGCGGCGGCAGAGAAGGAGUUUGAGAGGCGGCUGCGCCUCCACUGGGGCGAGCAAGGCGAUUUGCCAACAGAUCCAAGAGAGGGGUGGCGCUGA